AUGCUCUUCGGUGGCGUUCAUAAGGUCUCCAAUGAUAAUAUCAACUUGCGAGGUGAUAUCAACAUAUGCAUAGUGGGCGACCCUGGCACGGCUAAAAGCCAAUUCCUCAAAUAUGUGGUCAACUUUAUGCCGCGCUCGGUCUACACAUCUGGAAAAAGUUCAUCCGCUGCCGGUCUAACAGCCUCAGUGGUCAAGGAUGAAGAGACAGGUGAAUUCACCAUUGAAGCCGGGGCUCUGAUGCUUGCAGACAAUAUGGAUUUGGUGGACCAAGUAGCCAUUCACGAAGUCAUGGAACAGCAGACAAUUUCGAUUGCGAAAGCCGGUAUUCAUGCCUCUCUGAAUGCGCGAACAUCGAUAUUGGCAGCGGCAAAUCCUAUUCACGGGCGCUAUGAUAAGCGGAAGAGCCUCCGACAAAACAUCGCAAUGACGGCACCGAUCAUGUCUCGUUUUGAUCUCUUUUUUGUUGUUGUUGAUGAAAAUAGCGAGCAUUCAGAUUACAACGUGGCAAGGCAUAUCCUCUCAAUCCAUCGGUUGCAGGAUCAAGCUCUUGAUCCAGAAUUUAGCGAGUCCAGGCUUCGUUCGUAUAUUCGAUUUGCACGAACUAUUUCGCCACGAAUGACAGCCGAAGCGAAGCGGCUCCUAAUGGAGCGAUAUGUCUCGCUUCGACAAAGCGACGAAAACAAGUCCUCUUACAGGAUGACGGUACGGCAGCUGGAAUCGAUGAUAAGGCUUUCAGAAGCCCUCGCACGUGUGCACUUGGAUCCGUGGAUACAACCGCGCUAUGUGAUGGAGGCAUACCGUCUGCUAAAAAGCUCCAUCAUCCGCGUCGAGUCUGAGAGUAUUGAACUUGCUUAUGAGGCAAUGGCCACCAUUGUUGCAACACCGGAGCAACACUCGGAGAUUGAGAAUGUCACUCAACUUAACACUGCCCCCCUUGAAGAGACGGGGAAAAGUAGGCCCAUGGAUGAUGAUCUUGCUGGAAAGAACAGGAGCCAUGGCGCCGCUACCCAGAUUUCAUGGGAGGCUUAUGAGCGGAUCAGCAACUUGUUAGUCUACCACCUCAGGGCGAUGGAGGCUGUCGGUGAAGACGGUCUCCAGACCAAGAGUGAGGAGGAGUACAUGGGGCUGCGCAAAUCUGCGCUAGUCGAAUGGUAUCUGACACAAAUAGAGGACGAGCUUCAGACGGAACAGGAAUAUUAUAGCAAAAAGCUGGAGGUCGAGGCCGUCAUCGAACGCUUGGUGCACACUGACUGUGUGCUGCUUGAAAUCGACCAUCUUCAACCUCAGCAGGACAAGCCCAUUGCCUCUGAUCCGUUCAUCAUGGUCCAUCCAAAUUACACCAAAUAA